GUAAUGUGUUUGUUUCGUGGAAAACUUUCACAAGAAUUAAGUUUUAAUCUAAUUAAUGGUGGUGAUAAUUUUAAUUUGAAUGAUUGAAGUGAAACAAAGCAAAUAAAAUGUUCUAAGUGCUUUUAAAAGCUGGUAAAGCAAACAAUUAAAAGUUGAAAGUACGCAGAUGACAACUGAAACAAGCACGACAAUUAGUAGCAUUAGUGGAGCGAAUAUUCAUACAAUUAGUGGAUCCUCUAAGCAACAAAAUGUCCAAAAACGUACAGUUCAUCAAUUCGAAACAGACAAAAUUGAAGUCCAGCUAAACGAACAAGGAACGACAACUUCUUCAGCUAUCAGCAAGCUCAGCACACGUUUGAUAAAUUUACUAUUUUGUGGUCCAUGCAUUCAAUUCUUGAAAACAUCAACAACGUUUCAUAAAAUGACAUUAACUGGAGUGACACUUUUAGUUACAUCACUACUUGUCGCCUCGCCAAUUUUAUUUCUGAUCUCAGCGGCACCAUCGAUUCCACAACGAGAUGGCUGUGUUGCGCAAGAUGAUUGCAUUGCGAACCUUCCACCACCUGAAUGUCAAGAGACGAUCUGUAAAAAUGUUGCUGCAAGCAUUCAAGCGAAAAUCAACUGGAAAAUUGAUGUCUGUAAAGACUUCAAAUCAUUCAGUUGCUCGAAGCAUCCUAACAGUUUGCGCAUUAUGAAAAGUCCGCAAGAAAUUGCUGAUCAUCAAAUGUUACAAUUAUUGUCGCUCAACACCACGACUGGGUCGUUCCGGAAGUUGGGUCGCUUAUACGAAAGUUGCUUACGUCAACAGUUAAAUUCAACGUCAAUUCGUAUGGCAAUUGAAACUUUGGGCGGUUAUUUGCCAUCAAAUGCUUUGGGACCGUCAACAAUGACUCCGCUUUUAGUUGAGAUUAUGAAAAUUGGAGCGCCGCUUCCACUUCUUGACAUCUACUACGAUUUAAGUUAUGGAAGAAAACCGCAAAUUCUCUUAAUCAUCGACGUCCCGACGAAUGUCCAUCACAUCCUUCAAAACACCGUUCGAUGGCUGACACCAAAACCUCCACCAUUUAAGAUUGAUGACAGUAUUCCGACCCUCUUAGACCCGCUUCUUAAAUAUUUUCUUCCAAUGGGCUUGUCUGUUGAACAGUUUGAGUCUGAACGACACUCAAUUCAUCGUUUCGUUCGUGAACUUAACGAAAUACGUAAAAAUCAUAUCGAUAGAGAUUUUGCAAGCAGUUAUGUUGUUAACAACAUUUCAGCACUUGCUGAGUCAUUUCCAUUCGAGUGUCUGAAAUUUCAGCUUAAUUGGUUUGAACUUUUACCCCUCAAUUGGAGUGGACCGAUUGUCGUUCGCAGUCCAAAUUACAUGAGAUCGCUGCGGGAUUUAUUGUUGUCGCAUUCAAACCGAGUCAUUCACAACUCUUUGCUUCUGCUGUUUGCUUCAAACGUUCUCCCUCCUGCCCAUCCAACUCCGUUAAUUUGCACAAAAGCUACGAUGGCUGUCAUGCCCGAGGCAUCUUCAGCUCUCUUUAUGAGUCAAUUUACUGAUGACGUUGUACGUAAUGCAAUAGCAAGGUCAAGUGUUGUGUUUGAUUUACUAAAGGCACAUUUGAAACGUGCACCAUCGCUUCGAGGAGCAGCACUAGUGCGACUAGCAAGUCUGAAAUUUCAAGCUGAGCCAUGGCCGCCAUUAAUUCUCAACAAAACUGAAGCACUUGCAAAGCUCGAUGAGGUGGAAAUAACUUCGGAUAAUUGGUUUGAGAAUGUCUUGCGGAUUUACGAUCAACGCGGCUUAUACACCGUAGAGAACAUCACGAUCGAUAGUCAGACAACGUGGGCUUAUCCGACCAUUUCCAAAGCAUUUUAUGAUCCACUCAGCCAUAAAAUUGUCGUGCCAUUAUCAUUAAUUCUAGUCCCUUACUUCCAUCCACAUCUUCCGCCUUACUUACAUUAUUCAACAGUUGGAACAUCCAUUGCAAAGGAAAUAUUACGAAGCGUCACGAAAGCUUUUGAAGAUAAAGCGAUGCGAUGCGUUCCAACUGCUGUUGAGGUCUUCUCACAUUUCUCCAACGCAAGUCGAAUGGAAUUGUUAAUAACAUCGGGUGGUAUGCAAAUCGCUUAUCAUUCUAUGUUGACAUUGAGUGGCUCCAAAGCUAUGGAACGUCUGCCUGGGUUGAAUCUGUCAUCAACUCAAAUCUUCUUUCUCGUGACGGCUCAAGAGUUGUGUUCAAAGUCACAAUAUGAAGGGAUUAAAACAGACUCAGAAGACUUUCAUGAUAUAUUGUUCUGGCUAAUAGCGCAAGGCGGCACAGCGAGUCAACAUUUCCAGUGUCAAUAUGGUUCAACAUUCCGUCUCAUUCAAAAUUGCGGAAUCUGGUAGGGGAGUGAAAGCAGCUUAUGUUUGAUUGAUGACAGAUUUGCGGUGGCAUAAAGUGAAGCAUUUUCCAAAUAAUGAACACGAGAAAAAAAAGAUCUGAAAAUAAGAAUUUAUGGCGCUAAAAAAACUUUGUACUUAUAACAACGAAGCGAGGCAGACAGUGGAAAAAAAAUUCAUAAAUUUACAGAAUGACAAUAUACACGAACACAAGUCUAAUGUUGAUUGAUGAAUUUAUCAAUUAAGAAAAGGUUUAUGACCCGACAAGGUUUAGUAUCUAAUAAUUUCACGUAAACAACGAUGUCGUUUGCUGCAUUUAAGAUUCGGAAAAAGAAACAAUUGAAAGGAUUCAUUAGAUGAGAAAUAAAGAAAGAAUGAAACUUUGUAAACCCACAGACGGGAAUCUACUUGAAGAAAACUCUCUCAGUCAGUUUCUUAAUCUUAAGGUUGUCCAAACACUUCCCAAUGAAAUUAAAUAAAAAUUCGUCCCUUAAACGUAAAACGACAUUAAAAAGUGGUAGAAAAUUGUUCUCCAUUUAGGGAAUUUACUGGCAUUAUAAACUUUGAGUGUCCUUUAGAGAGUAGAAGCUGAUAGGAUUAAAUCUUGGAUUAAAUUAUCCGUCUUCAUUUUAUAUUUACUCACAAAAGCAUUAAAAUUGUGUGUGGGUGGAGUUUUACCUAAUAAAUGAAUUGAAAAAGAUAUUUUUAUAGCAGAAAAUUUAUCUACAAUUAAUUAAAGCUAAUAGCAAUACGUGAAAGAGAUAAAGAAAAAAAUAUUUUUAUUGCACUAUAAAAAAACUUCCUGAAAGCAACAAAAAAAAAUCCCCAACAGACACAUGAGAAAGAUUAAAUGAGACCAAAAAUGUGUAGUUAUUGUAACUUAGAUUCAAUAGUUUCUUCAAAACAUAAAUAAAACUCAACAAAUCCCUUGAAAUAUCAAGUUCAACUUCACG